AUGAAUCCUCCUGGUGACAGCCUCCCAGACGACCAGUACAAUUUCUCCUCCUUACCGACUGCUGGACAGUCGAACGCAGACCCGUACGACGCUCAAAAUUCCGGAAAUCCUAAUCAAUCGCAUUUGGUAAGCAGUGAGCAGGCACUAUGGGCGAUUUUGGGCGGCGGACAGCAGCCGUUGCCUUCUCCUGGUCUCAACAAUUCGCUCUUUGCUCCUUCCCCGUUUCGUGGUGAUGCACACAAUGCAGCAGCAGCUUCUUCUCAAAAUUGGGCCACGUUCGCAACAAAUUCCGCAGCAGCAGCAGCAGCUGCUGCUGCUGCUGCUGCCGUUUCCUCUAAUCAAAAUGGACCUCGCUACGAUCAGUCCUUUCAUCCGUUCCUCGUUUCACAACAACAGGCUGCUCAGCAUGUUCAACAGCAUCCUCAUCAACAGCAAUUGGUUUCAGAACAGCAAAACGAACAGGCACAACACUACUCUUCUCUCACUCAGCAGCACAAAUUGUCCUACGGCCCUGCUUCUCUAGCUGGCCAUGAUCCUUCCUCUGUCCAUGCUGCAGGCUUGAGCAUGACGGACGCGAAUGAUCAUUCCAUGCCGCUCCCCUUGUCUAAUACACAGCAGGGCAUGAACCAACCGAACGCUUUUGUUCCCUUUCCUUAUGGCCCAUUGGCAUCUCUUGAUUCUGCUGCUGCUGCUGCUGCCCAUCUUCCACCUUCUCAUGCCGGUCUCCUUUCAUCCCUCCAUCAAGCACAUGCAGCACCUGCCCCUUCUGCCGUGUCUUCCACAACAUCCUUUCUUCCUCAAGGGCCUACGGCAACAUUGGAUGCCCGCCAUCAAGUUUCCUCCCAGCGCACUGGCAAUUCUCCUCAUCUACAACAUCAAAAUCACUCUGCGGCGGCGGCGGCAGCUGCUGCUGCCGCUGCCGCCGUUGCACUUCGUGCAAACUUACCAGACAUAUCUCAGUCAGCGGCUUCUCUUCUCAGCACAACCUCUCAGCAGGUGGAUGCUCUUCAAGCGGUUGCUGCAGAAGAACCAGCUGUCCAGACAACUUCGACACCUGCCGACUGGCCCUUUCAACUGGCUCGAAAUGCCCCUCCCAUGCCCGCUGCUAGUCUCCCUACUUCCUCCCUCAAGUCUUUCUUUCAUGCCUCUGCACAAGCUGCUCGCAUGUGCGGACUGCCUUCAUCUACACUCCUAGACGCCGAAAAAACCAUGUUGUCCGAGUCCUUGGACAGUCCUCAUACUCUCUUUCACUAUCUUCACAUUCGCAACGGUAUAUGCUGGCUUUGGAGACGGAACCCAACGGUCCCCGUUACAGCCGUCGAGGCUCAGAAUUUGUGUCUCGAUCGACUGCUGUUUCCUUUUGCUCUCGCAGCACUCGAGUUUUUGACUCGCUUGGGUUAUGUUAACAUUGGAUGUCUUUCAUUCACUCCUUCACCGAAUCUUCCUGGAAACCCUUCCGUUCCUCUGCGUCGCCGAAAGGUUCUCGUAGUUGGUGCGGGCAUUGCUGGUCUUUCUUGUGCACGACAACUCACCUCGUUGUUUCAACAGUACAGCAGUCACUUCCUCUCGUACGGUGAGGAUAUUCCUGAAGUAGUUGUUUUUGAAGCUCAAAAUCAGUAUGGUGGUCGACUUCGCUCUGUUACAUUUCCCUCGGCUGCAAAAAAUGGCCUCAACUUGCUCCUGCGUCUUAACGAAACUGCGGAUCGCAAUGCUUUCGACGUGAGCAGCACCGACAAGAACCAGCUCGGUCUUGGGACAAAGGUCGAUGUGGGCUUUCAAUUUGUAUAUCGUGAACUUGACAAAACACUGUGCUUCUUGUUGGAAAAACAAAUUGGUCUAAAGCUAGAGUCGUUAACGGGAAACGAUUUUGUGUGCAAGUCGAGUGGAGAUUUGUUUGACAUGCAGAAGGUGCAUUCUCUCCGUACCCUCUGGGAUAAACUGUAUCGGUACGCAUCUAUUCGUUACCAUCUUCGAUCCAAGCAGAAUCCCUCAUCGGUUUCCAAAUGGACGGAUGAUUUUUAUGCUUAUUUGCGUGAGGCUUUCUCAUUUCCUCAGCAAACCAUGCUGCCGCUGUCAACUGAAAAGGGUGCCAGUUUUUCUGAACUCUUAAAUACCGCUGUCCAUUCAACUGCCACCUCGGUAUCUUUGUCAGAAGAAGAUGUUCAAUUACUCAACUGGUUUUCUGAAAGUGCGGCUGAGAACGACUGUCUUGUGCCUCUCAGCGUUGAAGAUGCUAUUCAAGAUUUUGUUCUCAUGAGUCCUUGCAUUGUCCGUGAUGGUCUUUAUAAGCUAGCAGUGGCUCUGUACAAAUACCCUUCUCCUCUUGAUAUCCAGUAUGGUAAACGUGUUGUCAACGUAAGUCAACAGAACGACAAGUUUAUAGUCGGCUGUGGAGAUAAUUCGGCUUUUGAAUUCGACAAGGUAGUACUCGCGGUCCCCCCAGCUCAGUUAUUGCGAAAAGAAUUAAAAACACAGCCUGAACCAUCUGCCGCUUUUUAUCAGUACGCAAAUCGGCAGACAGAUCAAACAACCCCUCGAUUUAACAAACUAAUACUUCGUUUUCCCGAAUCAUUCUGGCCUCCUAAUACUCAAAGCAUUGGCCUUUUGCCUACCGGUAAAGACGGCAGUGCUUCUCAACAGCUGCCUUUCCGUCGUUUGUGGGUCCUAGCAAACACGCCGGGAAACGCGGUCUUAACAGCGACUUUCGACAGCAGUAAACUGGAUGGUAUAAAUGUUGCCGAAGUGAAUUCAUGGGUUAUCUCGACGGCGAUGGACGCGUUGAGAACGUGUUUCAGUAAGCAGUCCUCGUCAGUUCCCGAACCACUGGAUGCAUUUGUGUCAACUUGGGAUGCUUAUCCCUACUAUUCGGGAUUGCAUAAUGCCUCCUCUGGUGCGGAUAAUACAUCUGAAACACUUUCACGGGAAAUUCGAACUGUUGCCAAGGGCUGUUACAUUGCAAGUGAAAUAAAUACUUCACGGAAGCAGACUCGUUUCCUUGAACAAUUGUUCGUGAACGGGCCCUCAAAACCCAGCUCGAACCCGUUCCUGCUGUACCAAAAGAUGCAAUGGCAUGUAUGCCGAGCGCUUGCCAGUGAAGAAAAGCGGCAGCUUACAGGCGACAGUCGCGCGAAAGCAACCAUUAAUGAAAUUCGAUCCAAAUUAGGCAAGAUGUGGCGCCAGCUUGACGAUUUGGGCAAAAAACCAUGGAUUGAUGAAAUUAACAACAGACGAAAAUCUUAUGCCGCACAGCAAUCUAAGUAUCAAAAGCUGUGUCAGGAUUAUGAAGCCCGAGCUGAACAAAUUCGUGCGGAGCAUCUAGCUAAAAGUGAAUCGGAACCAAUACCGGAAGAAGAAACUCGUCUUUACUUGUUGUCGAAACAAGAGGAAGAAGAGAGUCGGCGUGCACACGAUGAAACGGCUUCGAAUUCAGAAAAUGAAAGCGACGAAUAUCAUGAUGAAGGUUCAUCCGACUCUAAUGCUAACGAACAAGGCUUUUAG